CGGGGAAAAUGAGUGAUGAUUGUAAAUUCAUUGUACAGUUCCAUAUCUAGUGUCUGCAUACUAUAUGUGAAUGACUGACUGAAUGAAAGCUCUCUGGCGUAGUGGUUUUGUAUUAGGUAAGGCCACCCAGGUGAUUUCCGCACACUUGCUUUAAGGGAGGAAAAUGGUCAAAGUACAAACCACAAACAAAGUACAAACAGCCAGCCAGUGUGAAGAUGAAGGAGCCGUUGAGCACCUGCACCUAGUUUAUGUUGUCAUUAAAUCACGUGUUACAGUACAACCUGCUCUACCAGGACCUCAAGAGAUUCUCAAAAAAUGGAGAAUAUUUCUGCAAAGAACUUGUGACCGUAUUCCAGCAAAGAUCGGAGCUGGAAAUCAGCUAUGCUAAAAGGCUGCAGAAACUUGCUGGAAAACUCAUCAGUGUGUCCAAAAUGAUGACUAGCAACUCAACGUAUAAUGCGUGGUCCCUAGUAUCAAACGAGAUGUUCUCAACAGCAGAUGCACACAGGACACUAGGGCAAGGUCUUCAACAAGAUGCUGUUGUGGAAAUUCGUCAAAUGCUGGAUGAACACACCAAGAGGAAGAGACCACUGGAAAAUGGAAUUGAAAAAUCAAGAAAACUUGUUGUGACCAACUGGAAUGAACAACUAAAGGCAAAGAAAAAAUUGACCGGUUUAACCAGAGAGCAUGAGGCACUCUUUAGCUUUGUGGAAAAGAACAAACACAUCUGCACAGAGAAAGAGAAACAGAAGAUGCUGAACAGAUUGAGUAAAUCAGCAGAGCUUCAAGUCAAAGUUGAUGAGGACUACUUCAAUAUGAACAUGGACAGCUUUCAGAUUAGACUGAAGUGGGAGAACACACUUAAAAGCUGCUAUCAGAUUAUUCAGGAAAUUGAGAAGCAAAGGAUCGAGACUCUGAGCAACGCUGUGAACAAGUACAAUGUCCACCUGUGCCGCUACAGUCAAGCCCUUCUUCAUAGUCAGGAGCAGAUUGAGGAGGCCAUAAGGAGAGUGGAUGUGGAGAAAGACCUUCAAACACUGGUGGAAAACACCUGUGUUACAGCAGAUGAUACCAAGGCAGAGUUCCUCAUCGUUGAUUACUUUGAGGAAGAUGGGAAGGCAGUUAUGGAAAAAGAAAGAAGAAGAGAUGCACUGAAAACGAAACUCCAGCGACUGCAGGAAUGCAUUCUUAAAACCAGGAAGGAGAAAGAAGGGCUGGAGAAAAUGGUGGGAGUAGACACUGAAAAUAUCUCACACAUGAGUAAAAAAAACCUGGAGGAGCAAGAGCAGCUGCUUGAAGAGUCCAUUUUAAAACUGGACCUUUUGGAGGCCACGUACUGUAAACUGAACCAAGCGAUGAUGGAGUUAGACGGGAAAGCGAAACCUUUUCAUCGUUUGAAUGACAGCAUCACGAAAUUCAAAGAAAAGGAAGUUGAGCACAGCAUAGCUAAACUGCCUCGCCCAGUUCGGAUCAAAAAGACGUCAUUCCGAUCACGUCAGUCUUUCAGGACUUCAGUCAUUUUUAAGGCUCCAGCGAAAAAUGGUGUAGACCGUCCGGACUCUGUUCCCUCUAUAGAGGCCAGCGGUGGAGCAACAAAACACACACACAAGCACGAGUCUGAAAUCAGUGGCGCAUCAUCAAGGUCUCAGGAGGAAACCAGGGAAUGUGCUGAGUUCUGCACUGGAGGUAAAUGUAAGGCUUUAUAUGACUUCUCGUCAGAGAAAAAGGACGAAUUGAACAUGAAAGAAGGAGAUCUUCUCGACAUACUUCAAAAGGACAGCAGUGGAUGGUGGUAUGGAGAACUGAACGGGAAGAGAGGGCACUUUCCUUCUAAUUAUGUUGAAGAGCUGCAUGUUUUCAAAAUGGCCAAGUCUUCUGAUGCUUAAUUAACCAGAGAACUUGAUGGUAGUGUAGGAUAUUGCAGUGAGUAGUGUUUAGAGUAGAAGCAUCAAGUUCCUUUAGAUUAUUUAUUAUUUUUUCAAAGCACUGUAUGGCACAAUGCAUACUGUCAUGCAGAUACAGGUUAAGAGCUUUAGUUAGUGUUCACAUCAAACUUCAGAAUGUGGAAAAUAAGAUCUCAGUGUAGUAUGGUUGUUAGUGCCAGACGUACCAGGCUGGUAUGUGUAUUUCAGAAACUGCUGAUCUCCUGGAAUUUUCACAUGCAACAGUCUCUAGAUUUUACACAGAAAGGUGUGAAUAUCGUCCAAUGAGCAGCAGUUCUGCAAGUGGAAACACCUUGUUGAUGAGAGGAGAAUGGGCAGACUGGUUUGAGCUGACAGGAAGUCGACCAAACAGGUCACUGAGAGAUUUUUACCCUUUCUGAUGUUUGAUGUGAACGUUAACCAACUUGCAUCUGUGUGAUUUUAUGCAUUGCUCUGCUGCCACAUGAUUGGCUGAUUGGAUAAUUACAUGCAUGUGCAGGUGUGUGUGUCAGUCUUGGAAACCCCGUUGGAUGGAGUGUGAAUUCUGAGGAUCAGGCAAAAAUGUUUUGAACAAAAUUUCUUUUUUGGUGUUGACCUCUACUUUAACAAAGCAUAAAUACUACCAAAACAACAAUUUCAAUACUAUACUCCUCUUACUGGCUACUGACAUUAAAGACCAUGCUGUCCAAAACAACAGCAAUAAUAAUAACAACUAUAUAAACACAUUUCAGUCAUACACUAUCAGAGGAAAUGGUCUGUAUAGGUAAAGGUACCAUAAAAUACAUAAAACUCGACCUAAAAUUCCAAUUAUGUACAUUAAAUGCAUUUUAAAGAUGUAUUACGUACCAUUUACAACGUAAGUAAAAGGUACGAGACACUACCGACAAUCUUUUUUCCCCCUGAGAUUGUGUGGGAACAGCGAACUGUUCUGUAUCUCAUGAAUAAUUUGCAAACAAUGUUUGAUGUCAUUGGGAUUGCUAAAUGAAUAUAACUUUCCAUCUAGUUCAUUUAUAUCAGUUCCGUGUUGUUUAUUGGCUGCAUACUUUGUAACUGUGUGAAAAUGUACUUAUAACAUUCCUCCUGAUGCUUGCAAAAAUUAGUGACAAGCAGCAGUCAGAAAUCUUUUGCUCGGUGUAAUUCAGUCUCAGCAGUUUAGCCACUUUUUCCCCCCCUGCACAUAAGGAAUAAAAUAAAGAACAUUAUGACCCAA